AAAAGAUGGCCUAAGUAAAUAGAAAACGAAAGAAGAUUUGCCGGGAAUUUCCUUUUUAGUUUGCUGUGAUACAGACCGCCAUUUGCAGAAAGAAUUUAAAGUCAGAAUGGACCACGUUCCCCGUCUAUCAGAGGUCCUGUAUGUUGGUCUGUGUCGUAAGAUAGGGACACCGACAGAAGUGGCCAUCAGGAGAGACCUACUGGACAUGGAGGAGAUGAUAAUGAAACCUGUUUAUAAUCAAAGAGGAAUUAGUAUAAUGGAGAGUGGGAGUUAUAGAGAGGGGUUUAGGUUGAGAUCAUCGGACGUGGAUAAAAUGUUUUGCUUGGGGAAGUAUAAAUUAAUAUCUGAUAGCAUCUCCAAUUUCUGGAUUUACAAUAACUCAAAACAUCACGUAAUACUGAUGGAAGAUUCAGACACACCGCCAGGAUUUGUCAGACUUCGUCUUCUGACACCCAUGCAUGCACAAUCUACUAAACCCAGUAUUGUGAAUUUAUGUUAUGCUUUCAUUAAUGGCGGGAUUUACAUAUCUAGUUCUUUGAUGAGAAAAGUUUCUUUUGAUAAAUUUACGAGCAAGGAAAGGUAUGGAAACACAAAUAACACCAUUCACGGCCCUUGUACGAAUUACUUUUUUAAAUCUAUUGAAAUCGAUAAUGCUCCUUGCUUUGCCACCAAUUGUUGCAGUAAAUUCUUAAGAAGUUUUGUGGAAAGAUGCCAGAGACAUGUCUGGCCGCCUAUAUAUGUGUUAGAAAUAAUUCUUAGAAAAGGAUGUCACUGCGUGCCAAUUGGAAGUACAUGUAAAUUGGUAUCGAAUUCUAAUGAACUGGAAUGGAGAUUAUCGUUUUCUCAAGCUGAACAGCAACUAGUAUGUACCAUGAACCAUACACAAUUUCUAUGUUAUGGUCUUCUGAAAAUAUUUCUAAAGGAAGUUAUAAAUUACCGACAAAAGACAAUAUUGUGUUCAUAUUUCAUGAAGACCACAAUGUUUUGGAUGAUGCAAUUGGGAAACGUUAGUUGGCACCCAAACAAUUUACUGAAUUGCUUUUGGAAAUGUUACAAAUUUCUCAUUCAUGUUGUCUAUCGCGGAGUUUUUCCAAAUUUUUUUAUUUCAAAUAACAACAUGAUUGUAAACAAACUUGAAGGCGAAACACGUGAAUCUCUUUUACAACAGCUUUAUCAGUAUUACAGAAUGGGUGUGUCCUGUUUACUGCUGAGUCCGACUCUCAGAUCAAUCCUGGAACCAGCCCUCGAUAACCAGUUUUUUGUGUUAUCCUUUUCUGAGAACAUAACAUACAAAGAUAAGUGUGGCUGGAAGGAGAUAUUCAGACUGGCGUUUCAAAGUGAAGAAUUAUCCGAUUGUUAUCACUACUUGAUUCAAAUUGAUAAACUAUCUCAAUUAUCAAUCACACCAUACCAGUUUUUAACAUUACAGCACUGUACCUCCCAGAAUCUCGUUGAUUUAGCCUUCAGAAUGGCUAAUAGCACUUUAUGUAGCACACAUAAAAAUGUAUACAUCUUAGAUAGAAUGAUUUGUAACAUGCUGAAAUUUGCAGCAAAGUUAGGUCCCGUGUCUCAUUUAUUAUAUUUAGCAUUGUAUUACCACAAGACUGGGAGAUAUGAUAAAACACUACAUAUCACUUAUCUCGCUAGGCAAAGAAUGUCACAUGACUUUAUUAUGUACGCUACUUUUGUUAAGCAAAGGUACAAUGAAGCUGUAGGUAAUCUCUCUUUGUCUAGAAGAAUGAGGACAGCGUGGGUUAACCAUAUGUAUCUAUUCAAUGAUAUUUCCUGCAUUGAAUUAAGUUUGGAACGAAGUGUAAUCCAACAAAAUGGAUUAGGGUUCUUAAUUUUAUCACCGUUUGUUUUAGUAGAUAUGUUGUCUGUGUUAUCUCAUUAUAGACUAGGUAAUAGAUUUCAGUGUUUACAGUCACUGUCAGACCUACAGACACUGCUGCUCCAUGACGAUGGGACAUAUAAUCCUUUACUCAACAGAGACAUAUCCUGGCAGAUACUAGGAAUCUGUCAGCAUGUUGUGGGAGACUUACAUGGUGCUUUAGAAUCUUUUGAAGAGUCUCUCAGACAGGAACCAUUCCAUGGAAUACAAGAAGCUACAGAUAUUAGAAAAAGAUGGGUUAAAGGACAGUUACACAGAAAUUUACAAACAUAAAAUAAAAAGAAAAUGUUUCAUUAUGCUGGUCUGAAAAAGUUACAAGUAGUACUUGGAUCAGUCAAACGUUUCUAAACAUAUUUAAUUUAAAUUAUCUUUUAAAAAUAUUUUGCUGGUACGCUUUUUAUGAUUACAUAUGAUAAAAAUAUCCUAAUUUUUUAUGUUAUUAUGUGUUGAACAUUCAUCUAUGUUGAUUUUUUUCCUAACUUUUAUUUGUUGUAGAACAUCACUCUGUAUUUUAUUUCAAAUGUCAACGCAAGUGUAAUCUCAUU